GUAUCUGAUGUUGUUGUCGAACCGUACAAUGCUACACUGUCCAUACACCAACUGGUUGAAAAUUGUGAUGAGACAUUCUGUAUUGACAACGAGGCCCUGUAUGAUAUUUGCAAUCGAACCUUGAAAUUGACCACACCAACUUAUGGGGAUUUGAAUCAUCUGGUCAGUGCAACUAUGUCCGGAGUGACCACGUGUUUGCGAUUUCCCGGUCAACUGAAUGCGGAUUUACGAAAACUCGCUACCAAUAUGGUUCCGUUUCCCCGAUUGCAUUUUUUCAUGCCCGGAUUCUCUCCACUGACCAGUCGUCAUUCACAGCCGUAUCGAAGCUAUACCGUUCAAGAUUUGACCCAUCAGAUGUUCGACAGCAAGAAUAUGAUGGCUGCUUGUGAUCCACGACAUGGGAAAUAUCUGACUGUGGCCGCAAUGUUUCGUGGUCGGAUGUCUAUGAAAGAAGUUGAUGAACAGAUGUUGAAUGUGCAGAACAAGAACAGUGCUUAUUUCGUGGAAUGGAUUCCGAACAAUGUGAAAACUGCUGUCUGUGAUAUCCCUCCACGUGGAUUAAAAAUGGCCGUCACAUUUAUCGGGAACAACACAGCGAUUCAAGAGAUUUUCAAACGUGUAGGUGACCAGUUUUCAGCCAUGUUUCGACGACGUGCAUUUUUGCAUUGGUACACCGGUGAAGGCAUGGAUGAGAUGGAGUUCAGUGAAGCUGAGGCCAAUAUGAACGAUUUGAUCAGCGAGUAUCAACAAUUUCAAGAUGCCACAGUGGACGAUGAGGUACAGAUCGAGUGA